AUGGCUGGAUUUACAGAAAAUGCGCUUAUUCGUAAACUACAGGAGUUAAAUUCGAGCCAACAGAGUAUUCAGACUUUGUCUUUGUGGUUAAUACAUCACAGGAAACACCACGCUGCUGUGGUAAAGACUUGGUUCAAGGAGCUGCUAAAAGCUAAAGAUGCCAAACAGCUGACAUUCAUGUAUUUAGCGAAUGAUGUCAUACAAAAUAGCAAAAAGAAGGGCCCAGAAUAUGGAAAAGAGUUUGGAGAGGUACUCGUAGAGUCGUUCAAGCAUAUGGCCAAGACAGGCAUUAACGCUAAGACGAAGAACUCACUGCAUAGAAUACUUUCCAUUUGGCAAGAGAGGGGUGUUUACGAUGCUCAAAAAAUACAAGAAUUCAAAGAAGCUGUUGAUCCUAACGAUGCAGUGCCAAAGAAGGUUAGCAAGCGCAAAUCAGCUGAUACAGAGACGAAAGAGCCCGAGAAAAAGCCUAAAAUUGAAAAGGAGAGUCGGGAGAGACGUCGUAGUGAGACUAAAGUGGAAGUGGACGGACAUAUCGAGACUCACAUCACACUCAGCCCCAGGACGCCUCCGGGAGACCCCCCGGAGCCAGAAGAAUUAAUUAGGGCACUUCUGGAGCUUGAAUCGAGUGCUUCCAGCGACGAGGCAGUCCGCGAGAGAAUAGCGUCCCUGCCCCCAGAAGUAUCCGAAGUGCAAUUAUUGUCUAAGUUAGAAGAUAAGGAGUCUGCGUUGAGUUUGAGUGCUGUGGUUAACUCAGCUGUGUCUCUGCUCGCUGAAUAUAACCUGAGGCUAUCCGAGGAGUUGGAGAAAAGAAGGAAAGUGGCAGCCAUGUUGAGAGACUUUGCUCAAGCGCAGAGGGAUCUGGCGAAACAGGCUGAGGCUAGGCUAGAGGAAUACAACGUAAAGCUACAGAAGAUAUAUGCAGUAAAAGCAGAAGUCAAGUCUCACAUAGACAAUUUGCCAGACGUGUCCCAACUGCCAGAUGUCACCGGAGGCCUGGCGCCUCUGCCCUCGGCUGGAGACCUCUUUAGCAUCUGAAAACACAUACAAGUAUCCAGAAGACUAGAGGCAAUAAGGUAGACGAUAUUCAAUUUUAAGGGCAUAAGGACGGAUUGGAUCAAUCAAUUGGACAAUAGGGAUGUUUCCUGGGUAAAAAAAGCAAGAGUUUUAAUUAGUCCGUCAGUUAGCUUAUCAAAAACUACUCG